AUAAAAUUUCCCAAACAGUAAACAGAUAAACUAGAAACAACUCCGAAACCCAGGAGCCGCAAUCAAACCAAAACCCGGAAGGGCAGAAGGAGAAUUGGAGCACAACAGCAAACAUUGGGAGAAAGAAACAAAACAAUGAGCAAGAACAUCUCUCUGAUUCUGAUGGGUUGCGGCGGCGUUGGGCGUCAGCUCCUCCAGCACAUUGUCUCCUGCCGAUCACUUCACGCCAAACAGGGAAUCCACCUGAGAGUAGUGGGAGUAAGCGACAGUAAAUCCUUACUCGUUGCAUCCGACGCUUUCACCAUGGAGCUGCCUGAUGACUUUUUAUUGGAAGUUUGCCGGGCCAAGUCGAAUGGCGCUUCUCUCUCCACGCUCAGUGGUUAUGGGGAGUUCCAGGUAUUCACGAAUUCGGAAUCAACCAAAAAGAUUGUAGAUGUUGCUGCAUUCUUGGGUAAAUCAACAGGUUUGGCACUUGUCGAUUGCUCUGCCAGUUCUGAUACUAUUCCGGUACUAACCCAAGCGGUGGAUUUGGAUUGUUGCGUUGUCAUGGCAAAUAAGAAGCCUCUUACUUCAACAAUGGAGGACUAUGACAAAUUAGUUUCUCACCCACGUCACAUUCGUCAUGAGUCAACUGUUGGUGCUGGCCUCCCUGUCAUAGCAUCCUUAAAUCGCAUACUGUCAUCUGGAGAUCCUGUCCACCGCAUUAUCGGGAGUUUGAGUGGGACAUUGGGGUAUGUAAUGAGUGAGCUUGAAGGUGGAAAGCUACUAAGUCAAGUUGUUCGUUCUGCUAAAAACCUGGGUUACACUGAACCAGAUCCACGCGAUGACCUUAGUGGGAUGGAUGUUGCAAGAAAGGCUUUGAUACUAGCUAGGCUUCUUGGUCAGCGCAUUAACUUGGAUGCCAUUAAGAUUGAGAGUUUAUAUCCUGAAGAAAUGGCACCUAGUGUAAUGUCUAUUGAAGACUUUCUGGGAAGUGGGCUAUUAUUGCUCGAUAAAAAUAUCCAAGAGAGAGUCUCUAAGGCUUCUUUGGAUGGGAAGGUGCUACGUUAUGUCUGUGUGAUUGAGGACUCAAGUUGUGAAGUUGGCAUUCAAGAGCUUCCCAAGGAUUCUGCUUUAGGAAGGCUGAGAGGAAGUGACAAUGUUUUGGAGGUUUACAGUCGAUGCUAUAAAGACCAACCGCUGGUGAUUCAAGGAGCUGGAGCCGGCAAUGAUACUACAGCAGCUGGUGUCCUUGCUGAUAUCGUUGAUAUUCAGGAUUUAUUUCCUUGAACGCUUUUUCUGUAGGUUACAUCGGAGAAACUCGAUGCAGAUACAUUGUUUAGUAUCUUUAUGAGGUUAUGCAUCUGGGAUUUUAGAGAUCUCACCUUCCAGAAUGUAGCGAUGCAUUUUGCUAAUAAUUGGGGACUUGGAGAUUUAGCGAUGCAUUUGGCAGUUAAAAUCUUACAUCAAGGAAAUGCCGCAACGGUUCAGACUAUCAACUGCUAAUUUUGUUUCAAAGAAACUCGACAAAUCAUGAUCUUGUUACUAGGAAAAGAUAAGGUCUGAGUUACGGGAAAGUGUCAGAUGGGUACAUCUUCUUCGGUGAUCAAUUUCUUAUAGAUGAUAAAGGCGACCGAUACAAAUCUACCACAAAAGAUGAUAAAGGCGACAAAUCUGGCACCAAAUGCACGCAGAAAACCCUUGCUAAAACAGCGAGGCAAAGUCAAACUAUCUCUAAAAUAGUGAGGCCACAUCAACUUAAGAAAGAGAGACAUUCGUACCCAAUAAAUGGCAGCGAGGCGGGUGUUGAUUUUAACCUUUGUGUGUUUCGGAUAACUUUGAGGGGUAAAAGCUGAAUUAAUUGGCCUUACCAAAAUAUCAAGGCUCCCAAAUGUUGCGUGUACGAACUUGGCCAAGGAAUUGAUGAUAACCGGUGACAGACCUAACUUGUGGAGCUUAGAUGUUGCUGCUCUUCCCCUCUUCUCAUCCCUGGAAGUCAACACUACCACCACCCCUUGAGAUGCAAGCUGCCCCUUGAGACCUAACUUGUGGAUUCUUCUGCCUAGAAGUAAUAUUGCUAAGCAAAUAUAUACCAAAUUUUGUGUUUCUAUUUGAGCCAAAUCACCUGUUUAUGUAAUGCUUAUACACUAAAUGCUCUUGUUUGCACUUCUUUUUCACAGACGUUUCUUGCUAAGUAUCUAUACGAGAGCCUUCAAUC